AUGGUACCCAGAGCAUUGCAGGCAGGCUACGCGAACACGACGGGCUUCCGAAAGGUGGUCAAGGCCACCAUCUACAUCAAGAAGAAGGACGGCAUGUCCGACGACGCCUUUGUCGCCUACUACAACCACCACCACGCCCAGCGGGCCGUGCCCAUCCUCCAGCGGCACGGCAUCAUCAGCUACAGUCUUACGUAUCAUCUCGAGCGCGACCGCAAGGCCAUCCAGGACAUCAUGCACGGAAACGCAAAACUCAUGGAAUAUGACGCCAUCUGCACUUUUGUCUUUCCCGACUAUCUCGCGCUAGCCAGGUUCAUGUACGACAAGGACGGCGCCGCGCUGAGCGACGACCACGGCAACUUCAUGGACGACAGCCACAUGAAGAUGAUGGUGGGCGACGAGUACGUGCUGGUGGAGAACGGCGAAAAGGUCGGGUGA